AUGGGCCCUCAAAAAACUACGACUGAAGCGGCAGAGUUGAAAUCGGCACACAAUAAUACUCAUACCCAUGACUAUCGUGAAACUCACGACCGCGCACCAGCUUCGGAUGUUGACUCGAUUCUAGAGGCUUCACGCGCGGCAGAUACCGCUGUGCCGGAGGGUGGCUAUGGAUGGGUAGUUGUGGCAGGAUUGACAGUGGUGGCCUGGUGGAAUGUCGGCACAAGCUAUAGUUGGGGUGUCAUCCAGGUUGCUCUGAUUCGCGAAGACGUGUCACCAGCCUCGACACUCUCUUUCGUAGGAUCACUAUCUGCGGCGAUGGUCUCCGCCAUGGCUUUGGCCAAUGCCCGUGUCAUUAGACGGGUAGGAGUUCGCUGGUCUGCCCUGCUCGGCAUUUCGAUCCUGGGCAUCUCAGAAAUUGCCUGUUCCUUCCUUGUGAGGAACAUCAUAGGCCUGUUUUUCACUGCGGGUCUAAUCCUUGGUAUUGGAAAGAGUCACUGUACAAUGACUCAAGCGACAGCACCACCCCAGUACUUCCACCGCAAGCGAGGGCUAGCCAACGGCAUAGUUGUUGCAGGCGGUGGGUUUGGCGGAGCAGUGAUAAGUGUCGCAUUGAAUGCCUUGAUUGAGAAGGUUGGGCUCGAUUGGACAUACCGCGUGCUUGGCCUUUCGACGAUAGUGACAGGGCUCCCGGCCGCAUGGCUGGUGAAGGAGCGAUAUCCUGUUCGCCCGUCGGGAUUUAUUGAAUGGCGUCUGUUCAAGGAUCUCAAUUUUGUGCUCAUCCUCCUCGCUGGAGCAGCCGCAACGUUUCCUCUACUCGUCCCACCAUUUUUCAUUCCGCUCUAUGGCCAGUCGAUAGGACUAAGCUCGCGUGUCGGUGCUGCACUAUUAGCCGCUUUCAACUUUUCGUCUGCCGUUGGCCGGAUUCUUUGCGGCCAGAUGUGCGACAUGAUCGGUGCGGUAAAUACCCUAUUUGUGUCGCUACUCAUAACCGCCCUCUCGAUGCUUGUGAUCUGGCCGUUUUCCACCACGUUUGCGCCACUAUUAGCUUUCUCUAUAGUCAAUGGGCUAUCCAACGGCGGCUUCUUUUCCAUUAUGCCCACGGUGGUUGGGAACGUCUUCGGCUCAGCGAGGGUAUCCGUUGCGAUGGGGAUGAUUGUAACUAGCUGGGGAGCAGGCUAUCUAAUGGUAAUUGAUGUGCACCUCGAUGCCAAGUUUACAUAUGUCCUCAAUACUGAUGAUUCUUUUAGGGCGCACCGAUCGCUGGUUACCUACUCGAUGCUCACGGCGGACCGGAGAACGGAUAUAGGGCAUAUAGGUCGGCAAUUCUGUAUUCUGGGUCAGUAG